AGGUCCCCCUCCCCUGCUCGGCUUACAGAAGAGCCCCUCCCCCACCACGACUUCCUGCCUGCGGAUAGCUCGAGAUUAAUCGUGCAACCGUCACAUCCUCAACCAACAAACCACACGACCCCGCCAAGUCGAAUUCGAAUACCACACAACCUCGCCUUCUCUACCUCUUCUCGAAUCCAAACUCAACUCCACAGAUCGUUGUCGAUAUUCCACACACGCCACAAUGUUGAUCAAGGUGCGAACACUUACUGGCAAGGAGAUUGAGCUGGACAUCGAGAACGAAUAUAAGGUCUCUCAAAUCAAGGAGAAGGUUGAGGAGAAGGAAGGCAUUCCGCCCGUCCAGCAAAGACUCAUCUACGGUGGAAAGCAAAUGGUCGACGACAAGUCCGCAUCCGAAUAUGGCCUCGAGGCUGGCGCUACGUUGCAUUUGGUUCUCGCCCUCCGUGGCGGGAACUAGACUUAUUUCUGACAACGGCUUUGAGCAAGAGAAGACAGGAUAGGAAACAAUACGCAGCUCAGGUGGUUUCAGCGUUGUUGAGACAGAGCAAAUAUCGACUACAGAGCCGAUAGGGGAUGAUAUGCAGUAGCAACGUCUAUUUGCGACAUGGGAGUAUCGAAUAUUGCCUGUCCAAAGGAUGGGGGAUCUCGAGUCAGGCUGUAAAUGCCAGCCUCAACUCUCAAAAGACAAGGACUGCAUUGGGAUAUGGCAUCAAGGGAACAAUAGACUAGCGUGGAAAGGCUGCCUGCGAUAAUCCGUACAUGGAGAAUAGAGCUAGUCACAUGAACGUAGCAGGAAUCAAAGAAAUGGUGCCGAGUUAAAAGCAAAUGGGU